CAGCUGGUGUGUUGCUAUCAGCUGUAUUAUGUUUGGGAGCUCAUCCGACGCGUAUUCCCCCGCCCCCCUUUUCCAAGACUCGCCGUCGCAUUAAUCCAACGCAGCAUCUUAGUUGGCUACGUGGAAGAGAGUGCACCUGCAACUGCAGCUGCAAUAUGGUGCUCGGAUGCCUGCCCUGCUGCAGUCGCAAUGGAUACCAGCAGAUCGGGAAUACGGGUCCUCGGUUUGGAGUUCGUCACCUUCAGUGCAUCCUGGUGUUCUUCGGACUUGCCGUGGCCUACUCCCUGCGGGUGAAUCUCUCGGUGGCCAUUGUGGCCAUGACGGAUCGCAAUGCCAGCAAUCCGGAUUUUCCUGAGUUCGACUGGAACGAGAGCACCAAAUCGUACCUGUUGAGCAGCUUCUUCUGGGGCUACGUGGUCACCCAGAUUCCUGGCGGCUAUCUAUCCGCGAUUUAUGGCGCCAAGUACAUGCUCUUCUACGGAGUGCUCAUCUGUUCCUUUUUGGCCCUGCUGACACCGUUUUGCGCCGAACUCGGUGGCUGGCAACUGGUGGUGGUGCUCCGGGCAGUCCAGGGCCUCUGCCAGGGCGUCAUCUUCCCGUCCACACACACGUUCCUAUCGAAGUGGGCGCCGACUGAGGAGCGCGGUCGGCUGGUGGGCUACACCUACAGCGGAUCUCAAUUCGGAACGGUGGUGAUGCUGUCGGUCAGCGGAUACAUUGCCUCCUCCUCGUUGGGCUGGCCCAGCACCUUCUACAUUCCCGGAUGCGUUGGAAUCGUUUGGGCAUGCGUGUGGUUCUACUACUGCUCCAGCACUCCUGCCCAACACCCCACGAUCACGCCGAAUGAGCGAAGGUACAUUGAGUCCUCGGGUCAGGCGAGGAGGCCCUCGGAUGCGGGACGCGAGGAGCAGCCAUGUCCGCCGACUCCCUGGUGGAGCAUCUGCACUUCUGGCCCCUUCCUAGUGCUCGUCCUCGCCCACUGUGCCAACAACUGGGGCUUCUGGACGCUGCUCACGGAGAUUCCCACCUUCAUGAAGAACGUGCUGGGCAUGGACAUCAAGAGCAACGGACCGCUGUCGGCGCUGCCCUACUUCGCCAUGAUCCUGCUGACCUGUGUCUUCAUCUGGCUGUCGGACGCAUUGAAACAAAGGGGAACGGUAAUCCCCCUGGGAUUCUCCCGGAAGCUAUUCAACACGCUGGGCAUGUGGCUGCCCAUGCUCGCCUUGAUCGGUUUGGGUUACAUCACGGAGGGAGAGGCCAAUGUCCGGCUGGCCAUUGGAUUGCUCACCGCGGCGGUGGCCACCAAUUCGGCCACCUAUUUGGGCUUCCAUGUAAACCACAUCGAUUUGUCACCCAACUAUGCGGGCACAUUGAUGGGCAUUACAAACUGUGCGGCAAACUUCAUGAGCAUACUGGCGCCACUGAUCGUGGGACUGAUAGUUUGGGACGAGACAAAUCCGGCUCAAUGGCGGAUAGUGUUCUUCUUCACCGCAUUUGUUUACUUCAUUGGCAAUCUGCUGUUUAUGCUUUUCGGACGCACAAGGGUUCAAUCCUGGAACGCUCCCCUGACGACGAGGACUCCUUCGCCUGCAGGAGGAGUAGAGCCACAUGAGGCUGCCGAGGAUCGAGCUCCGCUUAUGGACGCAUAACAAAAUAACGUACAACGAGGCCUAGGGAUUGGUUGUAAAUGUGAAACUUUUGUACCUUGAGGGCGAAGCAUUCCAUGGAAUUGAUGAAUCGCAAUUAGUAUCGUAUUACUAGCUUUUAGCUAAACACAUGACACAUAUUUAUGUCUACAUAUAAACGGAAUAUAUAUAUAUACUAUUUAUGUACAAAGCA